CAAAGCUAAAGCUGCGGACAAAAUUUUUCCUUAUCUUAUUCUCCUCCUGUCAAUCUAUCUCUCCCUUUUGUUUUCUUCAAGUUUCUUUCUCCUUCCAUUCCUUCAAACAGCAACGUGUCAGAAAAAAUCUAAGCACAGGCCAUGGCUGCCACACUCAGCCUCCUCAAACUUCCAAUCUUGUCCUCAAAACAGCAAGAACCAAAACCCAAGAUUUCAAUUCCCAACAAGCAUUUAGUUACUCUUCAGUCACAACAAUGUCGAGAUUCUUACAACCCACAAAAGCUUGUCCUCCAUGACACCUUUGACAAGCUCAGAUCAGCUUCUCUUCCUCUUACAGCACUCACAUUUCCUUUCUUUCUUGACGCCAAGGAUGCACUUGCAGCAGGUGGAGAGUUUGGGAUUUUUGAGGGAAGAAGUUUUGCUUUGAUUCAUCCCAUUGUGAUGAGCGGUUUGUUUGUUUACACUUUAUAUGCUGGUUAUCUUGGAUGGCAAUGGAGGAGAGUUAGGACUAUACAAAAUGAGAUUAAUGAGCUUAAGAAGGAAGUUAAACCUGUCCCUGUGAGCCCUGAGGGUACCCCUCUUGAACCCCCCAAACCAUCCCCUGUUGAAGCCAAAAUUCAGCAACUCACUGAGGAACGGAAGGAGUUGAUUAAAGGUUCAUACAAGGAUAAACACUUCAAUGCAGGUUCAAUAUUGCUUGGAUUUGGGGUGGCUGAGGCAGUUUUUGGGGGUUUGAAUACCUGGCUUAGGACAGGGAAGUUAUUUCCAGGGCCUCAUUUAUUUGCAGGGGCAGGGAUUACAGUUCUGUGGGCAGCAGCAGCCGCCCUUGUGCCAGCAAUGCAAAAGGGGAAUGAAACAGCUAGAAAUCUGCACAUAGCUUUAAACACACUAAACGUUGUCCUUUUCAUUUGGCAAAUUCCCACUGGGAUUGACAUUGUCUUCAAAGUAUUCGAAUUCACCAAAUGGCCUUGAAUUGUUUGAAGUUUGAUGGUCGAGAGUUGUCUGCAUUCUUAUGUAAGCAUUCAUAAUAGAAGAAAUCCUACUUAGUGUGGUAGUAGUGUACAAUGAUUUCACAUCAGGUGUAACGGCCCUUUGAAGGAUUUGCAGAAACUAUGAAAAAGAAAAAUAAAGGCUGAAUAAUUUGGGUA